GUGCCACAGUGGCCUUCUUGGAGCAUUGCACUCAAUCCUUCCAGUUGAGACGGUGAGAGUAUCCUUUAAGAAGGGGAUUCGCAAUCCCGAUGUCUCCGCAUCUGCUUGGAUCAAUACACCCCCGUCCCUUGUACUGAGGCGCUCUGUUCUGGUAUGGGAUUACUCGAUCAGAACCGCGCUUCAGUCUUGCUCACGUCCUGGCCGUCGCUUUGCCUAAGCUGCACUUAUGACCCCGACAACGGCAGCGUUUCCUCAGCACCCGAGAAAAGUCCUCCAGCAUGGCCACCGACGACUCUUCAACCAAGCUUUCGGAAUCGGAUCCCGAGAAACCCAAAACAUUCGGCCAAGGAAGGAGCUCAAGUCCUGCUUGUCAACCGGAGAAUACACAUGCAGAGCAUGCCACGCAGUCGGACGCUGAUAGUGAACUUCGAGGAAGGUUCCAUGGCCCCGACAAACGAGAAUUGACCGAAGACGACUGUUACGAGAAGCUGGGCUUCUGUUUCCCUUGGUACAAGAAGUGGUCGAUUAUUACCGUUAUCUUCGUUGUACAAAUGUCCAUGAAUUUCAACAGCAGUACCUUCUCCAACGCCGUUCCGCAAUUAUCAGAGCACUUUCGGAUUAGUGAACAGGCCGCUCGGGUGGGCCAAAUGAUCUUCCUCGUCACAUACGCCUUUGGCUGCGAACUCUGGGCCCCAUGGAGUGAGGAAUUUGGUCGCUGGCCCAUUAUGCAACUCAGUCUCCUGCUCGUCAAUAUCUGGCAGAUACCUUGUGCACUGGCUCCUAAUUUUGGGACCAUGGUCGUUUGUCGUGGUCUUGGUGGACUGAGUUCAGCAGGUGGCUCGGUCACUCUCGGAAUGACUGCGGAUAUGUGGGAGCCUGAUGAUCAAGGCUUUGCCGUAGCUUACGUGGUCCUGUCUUCUGUCGGAGGGACUACCAUUGGACCGAUCUUUGGUGGCAUGAUGCAGCAAUGGCUGAAGUGGCGAUGGAACUUUUGGAUCCAACUCAUGUUCGGUGGUGUUACCCAAAUUCUUCAUUUCUUCCUUGUCACCGAGACGCGAUCCACGAUUCUCCUGGACCGGGAGGCCAAACGCCGACGAAGGACGAAAGAGGAGCCUGAUGUAUAUGGUCCGAACGAGCUAAAGCCGUCCCGAUUUAACAUCAAGGAGGUUUUGCGUGUCUGGCGCCGACCAUUUGAAAUGUUCCUCCGGGAACCUAUCGUGCUCUUUCUUUCGUUGCUCUCUGGCUUUUCAGACGCGCUCAUCUUCACCUGCAUUGAGUCCUUUUCGUUGGUCUUUGCCCAGUGGGGUUUUGAUGCGCUCCAGAUCGGGUUAUGCUUCAUUUCUAUUCUGAUCGGUUACUUGGUUGCCUACGUGAUAUUCCUACCGGACAUCUAUCGCCAACGACAGGUGAGGCGCCGGGAAGGGAAUGCCUCUCGGGUGGCCGAACGGCGCCUCCUGCUCCUACUUUUCAUCGCCCCGCUUGAAACGAUCGGCCUAUUUGGCUUCGCCUGGACCACGAUGGGACCAGAAUACACGCACUGGAUUGUGCCUUUGGUGUUUGCGUUUUUGAUCGCGAUUGCCAAUUACGGGAUUUACAUGGCGACGAUCGACUACAUGGUUGCCGCGUAUGGGGAAUACUCCGCGUCGGCGACAGGAGGCAAUGGGUUUGCGCGAGAUCUGCUGGCGGGAUUGUCGGCCAUGUACGCGACACCGAUGUACAUAAAUAUCGGUGGUCGCUUUCAUCUACAAUGGGCGAGUACAAUCCUUGGCUGCUUGGCCAUUCUGGUAACGAUUCCCAUCUACGUCUUCUAUUGGAAGGGCCCUGAGAUCCGGGCGAACAGCAAGUUCGCGCAAACACUCGAGGCAGACCGGGAGCGGCACGCGGCAGUCCGUCGGGCCAGUCAAAUGAGCGUUUCACGGAAGGCGUCCAUGGCCUAGUGCUGAGUUGCGCCAGUGUCCAUUUCCGUACUUCAGAUGUCCGGAGAAUUCUUGCGGAGACUUACCUGAUGGUAUGCGUAGAUACCCGUGUCUUUCUGCUGAUCCGAACGGUUGUACAAGGGCCGUGUCACGGCUCAAAGGAAU